CUGUAAGCAAGUAUUUGUAUGCAUGUGUGAAUAUGUUUAUGUAGUGCAGCGUAGCUAAAGCAAAUAAAGAAAACGUAAUUCCAAAAAUAAAGUGGUCGCUCAUUUAAACGAAUAAACUACGGCAGCUAGGCAGCCCUCAAGCAGAGUGAUAUCAACUAAUACAGAGAAUAGACUCACUGCAAUUGCAGUCGUCAGCGGGACAACAACUCGCAAAAAGCGACAACGACGACAACGACAAUAAAAAUAAGAAAAGAAAAGCACUAAAUCGAAGCCACACAAAUAGACGAUUAAGAAAUUGGGUUGACGCUGCUGCUGCUGUUGCUGGCGGCAGCUGUGAACAGUAUUUGGCAUGUCCUACUUUAUGCACAGUGCCAGCGGCGAUUUAGUUAAUCUCAAUGUGGGUGGUCAACGCUUCUCAACAUCACGACAAACGCUUACGUGGAUACCGGAUACAUUCUUUACGGCUCUGUUGAGUGGACGCAUUUCCAGUCUGCGGGAUGAGCACAAUGCCAUAUUUAUUGAUCGAGAUCCCACGCUCUUCUCCAUCAUUUUGAACUAUUUGCGGACCAAAGACAUUGAUAUCAAGAAUUGUGAAAUACGUGCACUGCGUCACGAGGCGGAAUAUUAUGGUGUAACGCCGCUGACGAAGCGUCUGGCCUUGUGCGAGGACCUUAACCACUCCUCCUGUGGGGAUGUUAUCUUCUAUGGCUUUCUGGCCGCACCAGCCAUGCCGCCAAAUGAUGCACUCCAGGCCACCAUAGAGGUAAACAGUCAAAUGGAGCCGAGCACGUCUGGCGGUGCGGGAGCACGUCCUGGUUCCAUGGUGCGUGUGCCCGAAACGUCGUCCGCUUCGUCACGUCAUUCCUCCACGCAUUCACGUAACUCAUCCUGGGAUUUGCGCUGCGGACGUGCAGCCAACGGUGCAUCUAGUUCCAAUGCUGCUCCUGUGGCCCCUCCAGCUGCUUGGAACGCGACAGGAGGACAUUCCCGGAAUGCAUCCCUUGACUUUAUGCGACACUCGCGCAAUUCCUCCGCGGAUCUGAAUAAGGUGAUCCGAAAUGAGGUGGGUUUGGUGUUCAGUCCCACACAGAGUUCGAAUUGGACGCCUCCGUUGCGGGUGCAGAUCAUCAAAGCUCAUCAGAAUUGGAUUGCCGUGGCCUAUGCCCACUUUGUGACCUGCUAUCGGGUCAAGGACUCAAAUGGUUGGCAGCAGGUGUUCACAUCACCGCACAUUGAUGCGGCCAUCGAACGCAUUGCCAUCAAUUCCAAGGUGAACACAUCCACGGCUGAACCGAUGCCCAGCAAGAUGAUUGCGAUAUCCUACGGCAGUCAGAUACGAUUGUGGAGCAUCCAGGAAGGUGGCAACAAGACGGAUAUUGGCACCUUUAAUCUCAAUGUGCGUGUCGAGUAUCUGUUCUUCAUUGGCAGCCAGUUGGUGGCGUUGUCCUCAUCCGGCAAAAUUGGUGUCUGGCAUGCGAUGACACAACACUGGCAAAUCCAAGAUCUGGUGCCGGUUUUAUCCUUCGAUUCAGCGGGAUCCUUUCUGCUGCUUGGAUGCAACAACGGUUCCAUUUACUACAUUGAUAUGCAAAAGUUUCCCCUGCGCAUGAAGGAUAACGAUUUGUUGGUCACCGAACUGUACAAGGAUGUCAACAUGGAUCCCAUUACAGCCAUAUCUGUCUAUCUGACGCCCAAAACAUCAAGUAUAAGCGGCAAUUGGAUCGAAAUUGCCUAUGGUACCAAAUCGGGAGCUGUGCGAAUUAUUGUGCAGCAUCCGGAGACAGCUGGACAUGGACCACAUCUCUUCGAGACAUUCUUUGUGCACCAGAGUCCCAUAACCAAGGUCAUGCUCUCCGAGAAGUACUUGGUGUCCGUCUGCAGCGAGUAUCAUCAUGUGAGAACCUGGAGCUUGACCCGCUUCCGUGGCAUGCUCUCCACACAGCCAGGCUCCACGCCGGAGGCAUCCUUCAAGAUUGUCUCCUUGGAGGCCACGGACAGCAACUAUAGCUAUGCGGCAGGCAAUGAUUUCGGACCCUAUGGCGACUACGAUGACAUGAUAUUUGUGCAGAAAGUUGUGCCCGAGACGAAUCAGCUUUAUGUGCGUCUAGCUUCCAACGGUGAUCGCGUUUGUGUGGUGCGCUCCGUGGAUGGUUCGACCAUCUCGGCAUUCUGUGUGCACGAAUGUGAAGUGUCCUCCAGGAUGGGCUCGAGAUUUAUACUGACAGGACAUUGCAAUGGCGCCAUACAAAUGUGGGAUCUGACAACAGCACUGGCAUUGCUCAACAAGGAUGAGCCGCAGCAGAAAACCUCUGGCGGACCCGACACCAACGAGCUUCUCCGCCUACUUGACCAGUGUGAAAUCAGCAAUUCAUCAUGCUCAACACCUUGUAUGUCACCGUGCCUAUCGGCUGUGGGCGGCGGCAUGGUCACCUCAAUAGCCCGAAUGAAGGCCAGCAAUAUAGCGCUAUUGAAUCGUGAGCCAAGUCAACAGCCAGUGGCACAGAUGCCACCUGCACCUGCACCGGCACUGCAACCGGUGGCACCACAACAACAACAACAACACCAACAAUUGCCACCGCCUGUGGCCGCUGUGAUGGUGGCAGCAGCAGCUGGAGGAGCAGGCGGAGGAGCAGGAGCUGCUGUGGUGCAGCCGGGCGAUGGCAAUGCCAACAAUGAAUGAAACGUGGAAGCGGCUGUUUCGGCGCUUGUCGGGCGCGUUUCAUCGUUUACAUUUCAUAGAUGUAGUUUGAUCUUUGAUUAUCAAUACAUAUUCCUGCAGUUUGUGCUCUGCGCAUUCAUCUAUUAUCUGUGGAUAAUGCGCCAACGCUCAGCGAAAGUGGAGGGAACGGACAGAGAAGGAGGAGGAGGAGGGAGCAUCAACUGACUGCAUCCGGCAUUUACCUAAAUCAAAUAAUCUCCCAUAUACAUACAGACAUAUAUAUAUAUUAAGACAUAUAGACAUAGCUUUUUGUGCUCGAUGUGGUUGCAAAUUUGCAAUUUAUGCUCGUUAUGAUUGAUGUUACUUACUGUCCACAGUCUUUGUCUUUGUUGCGUCAUGUCUGCGUAAAUAAAUACAUAAAAUAUACUAUAUAUAAAAUGAAAAUCCAAUUUAUAAAUGUCAUCAAUAAUUUAUUUAACUUGUAGCUUAAUUAACUUGAUGCUCGAAUACUUGAAAGUUUACUUUCUCUACACAUAAACAAUGGUUUUUACAGUUCCAUAUGCAUAUGUAAAUGUCGUGUGUGUGUCCAUUCAAUAAAGUUUAAAAAAAGCAGCAAAAAAUGCCAACAUAUAAAAAAUAUACAGUUUAUAUAUUAUAAUUAUAAUCUACACGUAUUUAGUAAAAUUUAUUUUUCGUUUACUUUAAUAUCUGCCUGCGAAAUCUAAUCAAUUUAAAAAAUAAAUCGCUUUAAACUGCGCGCUUUCAAUUGAACUAAAUUAGGACGCACUGGUAUAGAUAUACAAAUAUGUAUAUAGAGAUAUAGAUUCUCAUACUCAUUGCAUGAGUAGAAUAUUAUUAUUAUUAUUAUAUUGAUUAUAGUCAAAGCGCAUAUCUAUUAAAAUUGUAAGCCCUCUUGUUAUCUUUUAGGGUUGAAGUGUAAUUA